AUGGAGGCCCACCUCUUUCAGGAUAUCUAUGAUGCUGUAGAAGUAAGUGUACCUUCAGGUAUUUUUUGUGGAAUUGUGUUUUCUUUUCGGGUGAGCAAUUUUAAUAACCGUUUUAGAACCACGAGAAUUGCCUGGAUCUGAAAGUUCAGUAUGGAUCGCCCAUUCAGACGAUUGUUUGGUCGUCGUUUAGUUAUAUGAUAGGACCCGAGCUGAAGUUUGUGUGGCAUGUGAAGGCAGAUGAACCUUAUCAUCUAAGUUCUUCGGAUGAGACCUCCAGUGAUGGAAAUUUCCCCUCCACUUCAUCAGAUGUAAAAGCAAGUGGCUUAAUUUGAUUUAAUUUUUUGUUUAGAGUACUCAAGGAAGUGGAUUACAAUAUGACGAUUGUAUCAAUCUAAUGAGUAAUUCUAAUGAUUGCUCAAACCUUUCGGAUGACCUUGAAAGUGAGAGAAAGGUGAGUGACGAUUUAUUUUUAGAGAUGUUUAUUAUAGUUUCAGUCGAGCCAUCAGUCGGCCGAGUCUCAAGCCGGGAAUUCCACUUUGUGUUCAUCAAGUCAUCCGACAUCAAAUUCGACCUUAAGAUUAAAUAAAGACGAAAAUUUUGAUGUGCAUGAGGAAAGGCAGGAAGAUUUACAGGAAGAGGAUUAUGAGACUGAAGACGACAACUCUUCGUAUACAAAUGUGUCCGAGAAAGAAGAGGAAGUUGAGCAUCAGGCAGACAACAAACUGACCACAUCAAUCGUCGACUCUGGCAUUACUGGGACGGUUUCUGUACAUAGUGACUUAAGUGGAACCUGCAAAUCUCCAAAGUUGAACUCAAGCCAAUCCAUAAUGGCCAAUUUGUCGGAUACUUCAUCGGAAAAGUCGGAUUACGGAUAUUGUGAUGAUAAGAAGGAAGAAGAUCAGAUAUCAUGCUCACAGGAUUAUGAUGUGGCUAAAUGUUUGGAUUCUACAGCCACUGCUAGUUUUCUGACGGUCUCGAACGUAUUGACAGAACAGUCGGCAGUAGGAGAUCAAUUUGAAACGGAAGUGAGAGAAGAUGCUCUGGUCCGACAAGAAAGUGCCGCUUUCAGUCAGAUGGUUGAGAACGAGAACUAUCUGUCCGAUGAGAUGUUUGUUGCAAAAUACGCGUUGGCAGAACAGAUAUCAAAGUACGUCUGAAGUUUCCUUGUCAUAUUGUUUUAGCCCUUGCUUUGCGAUGAAUCCCAUGAUUUGUAAGGUGUCUGUGAUCCCGAGCCGACAAAUUUCUAUUAUGAGUUUUCUUUUCUCGGUUCCCAAAGACGAAAAGGAGAUGAUGGCAUUUUCGUUAGUUUUGUCCGAAGAAGCGUAAGUCUUUUAUUUAUAAUGUUUAAUAGUUGUUUUAGGAGAGAUUGGCUUGGUGUUCGAGAAAAUGUUUUUGAACAGAUCUUUGAGGAUGUCUUGUGUAGAUUCAAGGCGUCCUACCUUUCCGAAUCUAUCGCUGACGUGAUAUGUCGGUUGACUGACGACAUCUAUAGUUUAUUAUUAUUAUUCGGAAAUCUGGAACGGUUCCCGUUAUGCAGUCAGAGUUAUAUCAAUGUAAGUUGAAGCUCUCAAUUUUAAUGUGAUUGCUUUAGAUAAAAAGCACGGUGUUUAUGAAGCCCGAGAUGAGUUUAGAGGACCGUUCGUUUUUAUAUAAAUCGGUGACUGGUUGUCUGAUGUCACAAGGGAACUGCGUUCUGAUUGGAGCUGAUCCCGAUUAUGUUGAACAGGUACAAUAAUAUUUUUUUUUUAAUUUUUGAUCUUUGAAUUAUAAUGUAAUGAAGUUUUAUUUAGUUUAUGCUGGGAUUGAUGUUAUUCUUGACGCCCGAACAGCGUACCCUAUGUUUGAAACCUCACAUGUCACAAUAUUCUCCGUACCUCAAACUGCAAGCCGUGAAAAGAGAGCUCAUUGAAGAUUUAUAUGUAGCGUCAGCCGAGUCCCAUUGGCCUACUUGCUUUAUCGAUGUGGAUAGGAAAUUGGUGACCAGUUCGGGGAGUUACUUUACUCACUACGAGAGAAAGGAGCGCUUGGCUCUUCAACAAAUGGGAUCUAUUUUUGUGGAAGCUGGUCAGAAUUUAAAGUCUGAAGACAGACUUAUUGCUAAACGAGAGCCUAUUAUGUAAGUAGUACUGCAUUUGCUGCGUGAAUUACGAUAAUCUAUGAAUUUUGUAGAGAGCCGAUGUCCGUAAUCGCGGAUCCAUUCCUAAGCAGCCGCCUUGAUGUCCUCUGGCUUCUUCCUUGUGAAAGAUCGACUCGGUCGAUCGUUUUAAAUCAAUUGAUAUUAACAUUGGAUUACCAAGCGAAGGCUUUAAUAGAGACCAUUAAGGAUAUUAGUGAGCCCUCAAAGACCUUCAAGGAGAACGCCGUCUCUAGUAAAUGGAGUCUGAACACCGUCCGGAAGAUGCUCAACCUCACCGCCGAUUCUUCUUUCAACAUUUGUCUGGCACGGGCUGAUAUGUUAAAACCGAGCCUGGCGCAGUUUAUCUAUCAGUGCAACAAUCACUUCCGGUAG